AUGUCGUCCCCCGUUCCCGGUGGCACCAUCGACGACUUCUUGGACGACCAGCCUGAAGAACCACCUGGUGACGGAGAUUCUGAGCACCUUGACGGUGAAGAGGCUGAAGAGGAGCAUCCUGACCUCCUUGAUGAUCAGGACGAAGAGCUACUUCCGGAACCUCCUCGAGGUGGCGCUUCGGCGAGAGGCCGCCAAGGUCUCAGAACGGGCUCUCAGGCGGGAUCGUCUGGAGGAGCCUCUAACGGGAGGCGGCCGGCACUUGGCAAUCACGGUGACGCCAAGACGGCCGCGAAGGACGAUGAUGGCAAGGCGCGAGCUCAGCGGCGACCUCGUGGGAACCUUCCUACGGCACCCGUGUUUGACGGCGACAAGCGGAAGGACCCUAAGUGCUUCAAGAAGUACGCGGCGAAGGUCGACAGCUACGUGGAGAUCGCCAAGAACAUCAUCGACGACUCCGAGAUAGGCCUCCGCUUGCACGCGGCUCUGGAGGGCGAAGCGGCGGACUACUUGGAGGAUAUCCCGGCCCGGACCUUUGGAGUUGAGUCCGGAUGGCAGGUGCUUCUCAAGUUGCUGCAAGACAAGUACGACGAGAAGCGCAUGCACAAGGUGGGUUCUGCGAUGCAGGGCUUCUUUAAGCUGAACUUGAGCGACCGCCAGUACACCAUGCUCGAGACGGCGGAUGCCAUGGACCGGGCAGCUCGUCGCUGCCGAGAGGCGAACUUGGUGAUCCCCGACGAGAUCAUGAUCUACUUCUUCUUCGAGCACGCCCAGCUGUCCACGGAGCGCCAAGCGAACCUUUUGCUCAGGACCUCGGGUGAGUACGACUGGAAGAAGCUGAAGCAGGCGGUAGAGCUCCUGUACCAGAACGUUACCGUCCGCGCCGGUGCUUCUGCUCGUCCCGACCAAGGCCAUCGAGGACGGCAAAGGGGGGCACACGAGACUCACCGUGAAGAGUGGGACUUUUGGGGAAAAGCUCCGGAUUGGAAUGCGACCGAGGAGCAGCUCCAGAACUUUCUCUACGACCACGACCCCGUCGAGAACUUGGCCGAGUGCGAGCUCGCUUACGAGAUCCCGGAGGACAUGGCCCGGGAGCUGCACACGUGCUUCCAGACGCACAGGGAGAAUAGGCAGCGGCUGGCAAAGGCCGUGCAGGCACGUGGCUUCUACGUCGGCGGCUCAAAGGGCAAGGCCAAGGGAUCAAAGGGGGCCGGCAAAGGCAAAGGGAAGUCCAAGGGCAAGAAGGGGCUCGGGAAGGCCCCCGGAAUGUCCUUGGAGGAGCUGAAGGCUAAGACCACCUGCGCCAUUUGUGGUCAAGUCGGCCAUUGGAAAGGCGAUCCUCAGUGCCGCGGGAAGUCCGCGAACGAAGCCUCCCGCACCACAGUCGAGGAGAACACCGAGGACGCCGAGGACUGGUACGGCUACGACGGCGAGUACACGGCGGAGCAGUGGGCGGCAUGGGAAGCGGAGCGUUACGGAUAUGAGGAGCGAUCGACCUAUGUGGCGUCGCGCCCUACCACGACCAGCUCUCCGACCCCUACGGCGGCCCCGACUACGACCCCUACGACAACUACGACCUCGAGCCCUUCGGCGGCGGCGCUAGAGGCAGAAGCUCGAGCCGUUGCACGUGGCAUCAACCGGGUGCGAGGUCGGGCUAAGGAGUCGGUCGCAGCCUCUGCUGGCGCCGAUGCAGCUACGCAGGUGAAGACGGACCGCUUCCUCGUGCAGGCCGAGGCCGUGAAGGAGAAGAUUAAGUCAGCCAACAUGCCGGUCAUGUCGCCAAGCCCGGCCCCGGAGGCGGUGAAGAAAGCGUUCGAGCACUUUGGCCUUACGAUGGCUACCCCUACGGGAGCGACCGUGCGGGAGUUGCUGGACAACUCUGCGAAGGCCGUUGAUGUGGAGAGCCUUCGCAAGGCUAUGGUGGCGACCCGGGCGGUUCGCACAGUGGACUACGACUUCUCCUUGUCGUCGCCCCGGGCGGUUCACUCGAACAUGCGGCGCUCUCCGACGGUCUCCGACGGCAAGACCUACCUGACGCUCGACACCGCAUGUGAGAACACCGUGGCGGGCACGAGCAUCCUCCAGAGCCUCAACGCGGUGUGGGAGCGCAGGUUUAGCCUGCAGCCGAAGAUCGAGCCUGAGUCCGAAACUUAUUGUUUCGGCCCGGGCGAACCGGUGACUUCCCUGGAGCGAUGGUAUGUGCCGAUCGGGAUUCGUGGGGCCAACUCCGUGAUUUGUUCGUCUUCCAUUCCGGACACUGUGGGUUCGAAGAUUCCCUUCCUUGCUGGCCAGGACUGGUUGGUCUUCGUCGACGCGUGCAUCGACGUGGGCCGGAGCGAGGUGGUGCUGAGAGAGCUCAACGUGACGGCCCCGAUCUACAUUGACGUCACGGGACACCUCGUGCUGGCCAUCGACGAGAUCGAGGAAUGGCCUAAAGGAGUUGUGGCCCGCAAGAAUGGCUACCCGGGCGUGCUGUUCGAGGGCGACGGGAGGUCAGCAUGUCAGACUUCCAAGGCCGAGGCCCGAGUAGACAGUCCGUUUGCACCGGGUGAGUUCGGGAAUCAUUUCGCCCCCACACAUGUGUAUGAGCCCAUUACCGCAAAAGAGCAAGCACAGCCAUGCACAGUACCAACCGAUAUGUGGGAGUUUUUGAUCGACAGUCAAGUGUAUGUGCGGCACCAUCGCAGGCCACGACGUGAACUGUUCAGCCCUGAGGAAUUUUUGGAUGGACCCGACCCGCGGGACCUACAGGAUGUGCGUGUCACCCUCUUAUCCAACGAGGCAGAGCCUGUGAUCGACUCGUGGAGAGGGGUGACAAAUGUUCCGAGGGAGCCUUGGGUAGGUGUGACGUACUUCUUCGGCAAGGGCGCAAAGCAGCUUGAUAAGGUCAGCAUGCUUAGCCCCCCGUCCAAGGUACAUGUGACGUUGAAAGAUGGCACGGUUUUACAUGCUGAUCCUUCUGAAUUACGACUAGUUUGCCACAACAAGGUGCAUCACUUUGAUCUCAGCAGUGCCCAGCGUCUUGACCUACACCAUGCAGCCCACCUUGAUAUCCCUCGUUCACAUCGGAAGGGUCGCUUUGAGGUUCCGCUCGGUGAGUUUGGCUCCGAGCACAGCAAAAGUAGACCUCAACCGCGCGAUCGAUCACAUGCGACGGCUUCUUCGAGCAACCGCAGGCAGCGAUGCUCCGACUGGGGGCGCAUGGCGACGGGGCUGGUGGACCUGAUCCACCUCCACCAGGACCUCGAGGCCCACAUCGUGACGAUGAGGCUGGCCAAGCACCGGGCUCCUUCCGUGAUGGCGGGCCUGGAUGCAAUGGCGAAAGUCGAGAAGGGCCCCGAGAUGAUGCCGGGCACAGCACCUCCAGUGACGACGACAGCUCCGGGCCAGAUCAAGCGGACCGGGGGGAUGUAUCCUCAAAAGGUGGAGGAGUGCCGGCACCACCCCGACCUGGCGAGGAGGACGGGCAACAACCACGGCCAGUUCAUGGAGUGCUUGGCGUGCGGGAAGAUGUGGAAAGCCGUGACCUACACCGUGCCGUACACCGGGGAGACGAUGCCCGUGUAUGUCAAGGAUCACGGCCGCCGAAUGUACCCCGGCCGGGGGGAUACUGUGCCGACCGCGCGCAAGACCUCUGUCACCAAGCGCAAGGAUUCGACGGCUCUCUCCUCGACGAGUGGCCACACCGAGGGGCCGAUGCAGGAGGACGAGGAGACCGAGGAGCCGGUGGACCUGCGCAAGCUCACGCCGGAGGAGCGCGAGCGGGUGCAACGGGUGGCGGCCCAACGCUUGGAGGAUCGUCGCCAGGACGAGGCCCGGGCACGGCGAGAUCACGAAGCCCGAGCUCGGGAGAAGUACCUGAAUCCGGGCGGUGGGCCCAAGCUGCGGGUCGGAUUCGAGGAGCCGCUGGUCAAGAAGGAGCUGGCGAACAAGGAGGCGCCGGCGGUCAAGAAGAGCGGCACCAAGGUUUCCGAAGCGGACCGGGUGUCCAUUUCGAGCAGCAGCUUCUCGGACGUGGCGGUGGUGACGGACCCGGAGGAGUAG